GACUUUUAUACCCAGCGGCGUUGUGUUUUAUGGUGUUUGCGCAGUGACACGUUGUUUCUGUGAACCAAGAAGUUCUAGCUCAGGUUUUGUGUAAGCUCACUGGUCUCCAGCACACAGCCAGCUUCAUCAUGGAGAUCUCUCUGUCUCACCACCAACAGAAACCAUCUGUCCAGUCAAGGGAAAAGAGGACCUUGAGUUUCAAUGAAAUCACUAGAGGGUUCUCAAACCUCGCUCGACGCAACUCUUUACGAAGGACUCUUGGGAGACACAACACCCUGUCAGACAGUCAGCCUCACAGCCUCAACAAGACACUGGCUGUUUCAGAUGGAGAACUGAAUGUGCUGGAGACCGAUGAGCGCACAGCGACGCAGUACUCCAGCAGUAACUCCAGUCUGCCCACCGUGCCCAGUGAAGGGACCAGAGGUGUGGGUCAGGUGGCCAGCUGGGCUGUCAGCUUCGAGAGGUUGCUGGAGGACCCCAUGGGCGUACGCUACUUUACGGCAUUUCUGAAAUCUGAGGUCAGCGCUGAGAACAUCUUAUUCUGGCUGGCGUGUGAAAAGUUUCGCAAGAUACCUGCAUAUCAAUCAGAGCAGCUCAAGAGAGAGGCGUUGUCAAUUUAUAACAGCUUCCUGUCCAGCAACGCUACUUCUCCCAUUAACAUAGAUGACAGGGUACGAGUCGAGGAGAAAGAUGUUCAAAACCCUCAUGCUGACAUCUUUCAAAAAGCCCAACAACAGAUCUUUAAACUGAUGAAGUUUGACAGCUACACUCGUUUCGUGCGCUCACAGCUCUAUCAAAGCUGCAUGCUAGCUAAUGUGGAGGGCAGGCCUCUGCCAGGACUGGACCCUCGUGGCAAACCCCUCACGUCAACGAAACACACCAGCAGCACUUCACCCAGAGAGCAAGUCAAGUUCGAUAAAACUAAGGAGAGGUUAAAGGCGAAGACAAGUACAGCAGAGGCUGAUGAUGUGGUAGAGAGAAGGAAGGUCAAUCUGCAAGGCAUUAUAGGAAGGGACAAACGCAAAGAGAAGAGAGGGUCCUGGGGAGAAUCACCUAUCAGCUUCAAGACUGGACUUGUGAAGAGUUCAGAGGUUGAGAAAUUAGUGGCACGCUCUGCAGACGGAGGGGUUGAUAAGUAUUGCUGUGUCUUCCUGCCCGAUGGUACGGCAUCUCUGACCCCGGCCCGACCUGGUGUCACCGUCCGCAAAAUGCUCACCGGCGUAUGUGAAAAAAGAGGCCUUCCUCUGUCAGACAUCAUUAUUUAUCUACAAGGCAAAGACAAACAACCGCUGUCAUUGGACCAGGACAGCUCUGUGCUGAAGGAUCAGCAGGUGUUUUUGGAACUGAGGGUCACAUUUGCGGUAAAGGUAGCAUUCGCAGGUAAGACGGUGGCUGUUGUGGUGAAAUCCAAUAAGACCCUGCAGGACGCCAUUGCGACGAUGCUUAACAAAUACCGCCUUAGGGCACAGGACGCCACUGUUACCAUGAGUGGAAGCGGACAGAUAAUAAGUAUGAACACAGCUGUCACCUCCCUGGCCAAUAAGACACUAAUUCUAGAUAAACGUGUUGAUCAAGCCAGCGGCUUAAAAGGGAGCUUCUCACCUCCUUCAUUACAAGAUCGGAGAGGUGCUGUGGAUGCGAACAUGUUCCCUCCAGGGAAUUCUCGAUCAAAUGCCCGACAGAGGAACCCUGGAUUGAGGAGAACCUAUGACAUGGAGGGUUUGGUGGAGUUGUUAAACCGAGCUCAGACCUGCAGUGCUGAUGAUCAGCGAGGUCUCCUGAAGAAAGAACAUCUAAUGCUGCCUCACUUCCUUCAGUUACCCCUGGAGGAGGCUGAGAACAACAGAUCGCUGGAGGAGUCCUGCUCCAGUAUGGGGUCUCUUGAAGUGGAUUCUCCUGCAGGACAAUCAGACACAUUAGGGGAGGGACCAUCUGAGAGCCAGUGCUCAAACCCAGCCCGAGAAACUGUGGUGUGAGCUUAAUGGACCUGUUACAUCCUUUGCUUCAAUGAUCAGUCACACUGGAACAUGACGAAUAGAGAAUAAUGUUUCAGGGAAGUGAAUGCGACGGUCUUUAUUGAUGGACACUUGUUUUUAGGAUUAUUCUUUUUUUGAUAAAAGCAGAUAGUACGAAAUAUUGUUUACAGUAGAUGUGAUUCUGCACAUGUUAAUGUCUAGCUGCUUGUAUUUAUUUCAAAUUGAUUCACAUAACAAAAAUACAUUAUAUCUGUUUUGAUGAA